AUGUUUACUAAGAUUUACAUUUUUGCCGCCAUUGCUGGCUGUGCGUUAGCAUUACCGCACGCAACUUCUUAUGCUUCGGUAACUCAACAUCACGACAAUCACCAUGGUUAUUAUGAGCCACAUUAUGCUUCAUCAUAUUCUGGAUAUGGCAAUGGAUAUGGCCUAGGCCUUGGUGAUGUUUAUGGUGGAGACGAUGGACACUAUGCUAAGUAUUAUCAUCAUGAUGACCACGAGGACUAUCAUCAUCAUCCGGAAUACGUUUUCAAAUAUGGUGUUGAAGACCCUCAUACACAUGAUAUCAAAUCUCAAGAAGAACAUCGUGAUGGCGAUGUUGUCAAGGGACAUUACAAGCUGGUUCAACCUGAUGGUCGUAUUCGCAUUGUGCACUACACCGCUGAUGACCACAAUGGUUUCAAUGCGGACGUGCAAUAUUCUGGUCAUGCCGAACAUCCAACUUAUUAUAAAUAUUAUUAA